CCCACCCGAGGCAAUGAUGGGCAUGGGAGAGCAGGUGCAAUGGCGACUGCAUCUAUUUCUCGUGCUGAUUAUAUUUGGUUGCGCCGCCGCCAACACAUCAGAUCUAGAUCCCAUUGUGGGCAGAAGCUUCAUCGUGUGGCUUCAUGGGUUGGGAGACUCGGGUCCGCCCAACCAGCCUAUUAUGAAUCUCUUCACCGCCCCUGAGUUCGACCACACUUCCUGGUCUUUCCCUUCUGCUCCUCCCAACCCAGUCACGGCUCUCGAUGGUGCUGUGAUUCCUUCAUGGUUUGACAUUCUAGAGCUUCCAGUAACUGCUGCUUCUCCAAAUGCUGAAAGUUCUGUGCUUGAAGCAGUGCAAAGAGUACAUGCAAUGAUAGACGAUGUGGUUGAUGGUGGCAUAAAUCCAAAUAAUAUAUUCAUAUGUGGAUUCAGUCAAGGAGGUGCGUUGACAUUAGCCAAUGUUCUGCUAUAUUCAAAGACUCUGGGAGGAGGCGCAGUAUUUAGUGGAUGGGCUCCUUUAAAUAAUUCAACAAUUAUAGACCAAAUACAUCCAGAUGCCAAAAGGACACCAAUUUUGUGGUCCCAUGGAAUGGAUGACAUGAUCGUAUUGCCGGAGGCUGGCGAAGCCGGGGUGCGGUUCCUUGAAAAGGCAGGACUAGACUGUGAAUUUAAGGCUUAUCCUGGUGUGGGUCAUUCCACAAGCAUUGAGGAGCUCAGAAACCUUGUACAAUGGAUCAAGAGUCGUCUUAAAACUGUUAGAUUUGAAAAGGAAUGCAAGUAAAGUCUCACGUUGAUUUUACCAUUUUACCAUGAUAUAUAGAAAAGGAAAAUUAUCUGUAUUGAUAUAAAACUUUUUUUUGGAUAAAAUCAAAAGCAAAAUCCCUGGAGUACUUGAACGUCAUCACCCAUGUCUAUAAA